AUCACCGAAGGGAAUGGUUUUAUAUCUUUUUUAUGUUGCCAUUAGCAGCCCGUGGAGUGGAUGGCGGUACCGGCAGAAACGGGUCCGGAAUUCUUUCUUCGCCGCAUCCCUUAGGGACAAAAACCGGCUUCUUAGAGGUUUUGCUGGGUUGAGGAGGUCGGCGAAAGGCAGCAUGACGGAGCUGCACGAAGCGGCAGCUUUGGGUAAGUACGAUUUAGCGGAAGCCAUCCUCUCGACCGGGCUCGCCGACCCAAAUUGCCAAGACGCGGACUGGAGCGACAGAACGCCUCUCCACUGGGCGGCAGCAAACGGCCACUCAAAGAUGGUAAAGCUGCUUGUGGCACAUGGUGCUCGUCUGGUUUUGCGAACGGAGGCAGGUUGGACUCCAGUUCAUUUUGCUGCAGAAUCAGGGCGACUGGGCGCAUUGAGGACACUGCACUCCUUGCACGCACCGAUGGAUGCCCCAGAUCUCUAUGGAGAUGUUCCAAGAAGAAUUGCAGAAAUCUAUGGGCACAAAGCCUGCGUCAAAUUCUUAGAAAUAGCUGAAAUAGAACACAGGGCAUAUUGCCAGAAGGCAAAAUCAAAGGGAAUCCAACUGGAUGAGAAGGAUGAAGCUUGGGAGCUUAAGAAGGAAGAACUUUUGAAAAGUAAACCCUUCUCUCCAAAGAAACAUAUGAAACACAAGAUGCAGGGAAAGGAUGGUGAACAACUUACUUCAAGAAAAUAAUGAGAAGAAUGGUAUAUUUCAGAUAAGGGGGUCUCAGCUACCUUAACUUUGUAGUCAUUGAAACUCAUCUAUUUCAUUUACUAUUUUUCUUAUUUUGAACUAGUUAAUCACUAUCUCAGUUUAAGAAAUUUUUAAAAAGCAUGCAUGAAAAGUUCUAUUUUUAUAUGAAUUUUGCCUGAUUAAUUAAUUUUGCAUACACCUUUGUAUAAUAUAUUCAUAUUUUAAGCUUUCCUCUAAUUUAAUAAUGUUUCGUACUUUAUGAUUACACUAUGUAUAUCUUUGCUGUAAUAUUCUCUUAAUA